AUGACGUUUCACUCUCGACUCUGUGUUCUCUCCUUCAGAACACGUGUUUUAUCGACACCGCUAUCGCCUAGAGUCUGGGCAGACCAUGGAUGCUCAAGAAUUUGUGUAGCUGCUAAAACUCAUGGUGAUAAGGGAAGAUCGUCGAAUGUUAUCGGGCCUAAUGGGAUUAGGGCGUAUAAUACUGGCCAAGAUUUGUCGAGUAAGAAGUGUGUGCCGUGCGAGUCCAAGGAUUUGAGGGCUAUGACUGAGGAUGCAGCCAACAUUUUGAUCCGUCGAGUUCCUGAAUGGACUCUGGAGAAUGACAGUGGUACCCUUAAGCUGCAUCGAUCAUGGAAAGUGAAGACCUUUGUUAAAGGAAUGGAGUUUCUUCGCCUCGUAGCUGACCUUGCUGAAGCAGAAGGUCAUCACCCAGAUCUUCAUCUUGUUGGAUGGAACAACGUAAAGAUUGAUAUAUGGACUCACGCAGUGGGUGGACUCACUGAGAAUGAUUUCAUUCUAGCCGCGAAGAUAAGUGGACUCAAUCUUCAUCACCUUCUAAGGAUUACACCAUCUAACAAGUGA